AUGCCAAAAAUAGACAUCGAGAUGAUUAUUGCUCAAGCCAUAAACCAAUUGGACAUUCCAGUUGGAGGAACACAUUUUCUAAUAGGUCUCCCAUCCGUGAACGCAGACACGAGGAAGUAUAUCAUUCAAGGUGUUCCAGUAGAGAACGCAGACAUUCAAACUGGAGCAACGAUCAUAGACAAUGACUGGAUUAUUGCUAAAAUAUAUAAUAGUGAACAUUUGGAACCAGAGGAGGUUUGUUUAAUGCUUGUUACUCACCUUGAGAAGAUUACCCAGUUUUUGUCAUCAAAUUGUCCAAUAGAAGAUAUCCCGUUGUUCUUUAGGGUAGUCAACAAAGGAGUGUCGUCUUCCCUGACACAUUCACACAGAUGCAAAGUGCUGUACACUCUACGAGAACAGAACUUUUUUGAAAGACAAGAUCUUCAAGAGGAACUGAAAUGUUUCUAUACCAAAGAGACUUUGAGUAUGUCAGACAUAGAAUUCAUAGCAGAUAUAACAGAUCUGAUGAAACUUUCAGUUGAUCUGGCUGCGUUGCCACUGAGAGAUAGUUUGAUCUGUAGUGUUAUGUUAGAGCAAGUACUCAAUAAGCUUGGAGACGGCAUGCAGCAUUUGAAGGACAAGCUCACCGAGGUGAAAGAGAUACAAAACCAAAUGAGACAAUCCAACAAAGACUCGGGCCAUGAUGGCGGCAUCGCACGUUUUAUGCGUGAGUCAGAAAUGUACAUUUUACCAUCAGUUGACAUAAUCCGAAGUAAGAGCAACAAAGAACUCACAGAACCACACGAAAUAGGAACUCCUUUCGACAGUGAGCUGCAUUACUUGCUUUAUACAUUUAGUAUCUUCCGUGAAGAUUUCAUCCGACCUCUGUGCAAUGGGAUCAUACGAUACAUGAGCUUCAUGGAUGAAGAAUCAGAUCAUUACUUCAGGGACACAGAUGUACGGCUAUUUGAAGAUGUACAUAUCCAGUCAAAACAUUUUAUAAAAGGAACAGGAAUAGUAUGGGAGAUUCAGUUAGCAAAUAUGCAUUACCAUCCUUCAAUUCUAAAGUUUGGAUCACUUUUGUGCUUCUCUCAUGAUGGGUUCUCAACUUUAUUCUAUGCCACUGUUGCACACAGGGACGCCGAGUCAUUAAAACAAGGGAAAAUCGAUGUGAAAUUCAUUGAUAUCGACACUCAGACGGUUUUAGCAUUGGUGGAAUAUACGUUUGUCAUGUUGGAGAGUCGCUCAUUUUAUCCCGCAUACUCGCACAGCUUGAAAACACUGAAAGAUACGUAUAACAAGAUAGAAAGGAAAUGCUUAUCUCUGCCUUUGAAGCCAUAUAUGAUUGGACACAGCGUGGAAACAAGGGCUCCUAAAUACCUUGAAAUGAUAGAUACAGUCUCUUUUAACUGUUUACUUCAAUAUGAAUCUGUCGGUACUGCCGAGAAAUAUGACAGCGUUUGCAUUACAGACCUUAAACAGUGGCCGAUGUCUGAUGAAUUAGGACUUGAUGAAUCUCAGUAUGAGGCACUGCAGAUGGCACUCACAAAGGACGUUGCUCUUAUCCAAGGCCCACCAGGCACUGGGAAAACAUUUAUGGGCAUUCGUCUCGCAGAAUUUCUUUUAUCAAAUCGUCACCUAUGGAGGGAAUCAGAUAGAAACUUACCAAGACCUUUGUUGCUCAUUAGCUAUACCAACCAUGCAUUAGACCAGUUUCUCGGUGCCUUGAUGAAACACCAGCAUUACAAGGAGUGUUACCAUUUUGUAUUGUGCGAGUAG